AUGACAGAGCAAGUGCAACUUUCGACUGUCGGCAGUGCAGUCAAUAAGUCUAUUGAAUCUUCAUUUCCACCGACAUCAUCGUUGACUAAUCGUAUAUUUGCUCCACUUAACACACCAUGGCAUCGUCGCUGUCAAACGUUAAGUGUUCUCGUAUGGUUGUUAAUGCCAUGGUUUUGUUUAUAUUUAACAUUAUGUUUUCUUCGUGCUGAUUGUUGGUGUCUAACUGGAUGCUUUCUUCUCUAUCUCGGAUGGAUGUUCUUGUUUCGAAAGUAUCCUAAGGAAGGUGGUCAUAGACAACAAUGGCUUCGUCGACUUGUUUGGUGGAAAUGGUUUGCUGACUAUUUUCCGAUUCGUUUACAUAAAACAUGUGAUUUAUCUCCUGAUCGUUCUUAUGUAUUUGGCUACCAUCCGCAUGGAAUUUUCUGUCUAGGAGCCUUUGGUAAUUUUGCAACUGAAGCCACUGGUUUUGAAAAUUUAUUUCCCGGUAUUAACCUUCGUUUUCUUGUUCUUAAUUCUAAUUUUCAAAUACCAUUUUAUGAACUAUUUUUAACAACGAUGGGUAUAUGCGAUGCGUCGAAAGAAUCAUGCAAUUAUAUUUUAAAACAAGGUAAAGGCAAUAGUAUUAUGUUAGUUAUUGGUGGUUCUAAAGAGUCAUUAGACGCACGUCCAUCUUCGGAGUAUUUUUUGACGCUUAAAAAUCGUAAAGGUUUCGUUAAAAUUGCUCUUGCAAAUGGUUCAAGUUUAGUUCCUGUAUUUUCAUUUGGUGAAAAUGAUCUGUAUGAACAAAUCGCUAACCCACGUGGAUCAAAAUUACGAUCACUACAAAUGAUUCUACAACAAAAGAUGGGCUAUGCAUUGCCAUUAUUUCAUGGGCGUGGCGUUUUUCAAUAUAAAUUUGGACUUGUACCUAAUCGACAUCCGAUUGAUACAUAUGUAGGUGAACCAAUUGAAGUACCAAAAUUAGCUCCAGAACAAAUCACACCUCAAAUCCUUAAUGAAUAUCAUACGAAGUACUUGAAUGGACUAACACAUCUAUUUAAUAUACAUAAAGCAAAACAUGAUAAUGCAAAUGCAUCACUCGUUUUCGUUGACGAUCCCAAUGUACGAUAG